AUGGCCCUGGUCAGCAUCAAUGAACUGCCCGAGAACAUCCUGCUGGAGAUAUUCACAAACGUGCCUGCCCGUCGGCUGGUGUUGGACUGCCGCCUUGUCUGCAGCCUCUGGCGCGACCUCAUCGACCUCAUGACCCUCUGGAAGCGCAAGAGCCUGCGGGAGGGCUUCACCAUCGAGGACUGCGACGAGCCUGUUUCGGACUGGAAGGUUUUUUACUUUUUGUGCAGCCUCCGCAGGAACCUCCUACGCAACCCCUGCGGUGAAGAGGGUAUGAGUUCCUGGCAAAUCGACCAUAAUGGGGGGGAUCAAUGGACCGUGGAAAGCUUACCUGGAGGCCAUGGGGAAGCUUUUCCUGACUCCAAUGUCAAGAAGUACUUCGUCACAUCCUAUGGAUUAUGCAUCAAGUCCCAGAUGGUGGACCUCAAAGCUGAGGGCUACUGGGAGGAACUAAUGGACAGAGUCCGGCCUGACAUCGUGGUGAAGGACUGGUUCGCCGCCAGACGAGACUGUGGCUGCACCUACAACAUCCGAGUGCAGCUGCUCUCAGCCAACCAGGUCGUCUUGGUCUCCUUCCAGCCCCCACAUGUGACCAUCCCACAGUGGAGCGAUGCCCAGUGGACAGAGGUCUCUCACACCUUCUCAGAUUACCCUCCAGGCGUCCGCUACAUCUUCUUCCAGCAUGGGGGCCAAGACACCCAGUUCUGGAAAGGCUGGUAUGGGUCCCGUGUCACCAACAGCAGCAUCAUUAUCAGCCCUAAGAUGACCAGGUACCCAGCGGCCUCCACAACUCGGCCCAACACCACACAGGAGCCGGAACGGAAAUGGAGACGGGAAUGGGGAUGGGGAUGGGGAUGGGAAGAUGAAAGGGAUGAGGAAGGACUCUGA